AUAUAAGUAAAUGAAAAAAUUCAUUUCUAAUUAAUUAUUCUUUAUUAUACUUUGCCAAGCUGGUGCUCCGCCUCAGGCCUGAGGCGGAGCACCUAAAUUUCGGACAUUUUUAAGUAAUUUUUCCUGCAUUGGCUGAUUUUUCAACUUUUUAUUAAAUUGCAAUGGUAUUUGAUUUAUCAAAAUGUACCAUUACAAUAUAAUAAGAUUUUUAUUUUUAUAAAGUAUACAUUGUCGACUCGGGUAUAACAUAAUAAGUAUUGUAUUUUAAAUUUUUGAUACAAAUAUUAUUUUGUUUAAUUAUUUUUUAAUAAUUAAAAUAUUUACAUUAAAAAUAUGAUUUUUAUUAUUUAUCACUAAUAAGCAAAUAAUAAAAAUACAUUUUAUUAUUUUUCAAAAUUUCUAAAUAGCCAUUUAUUAGUAUUUUUCUUAAAGCACUUUUAAAAGAAUCGAUAACAAUAUUAAGGCACGUAUUCAUUUAGUAACAACCAUUUUAAUACGAUGUUAAGUAAAAAAUUCUGCUUGAAUUAUGACUGUGACAAUAAAUCACUUUUAAACUGUUAAAACACACAAUUUUUUAAAUAUAGUGUUCAAUAUAAUACAUUUUUAUAUAAAUAUAACCAUAGAUUAAAAUAUCUAAAAUUUAUUGUAUGUGAACUUUCCAAAAAGUACUCUUCUUGAGAAGAUAUACAUUAGUAUUAUUAAGUAAUUGAUAUACUAAUAAUGAUUUUUAAUCAAUAUUUCGUGUUAACAAUCUUUUUUGUGAUAUUAUGUAAUAUACAAUUUAUCACGUGUAGUUUUCAUACGGAGGAUCUAGAAAUUAUUGAUAAAGUUGAAGAACUUAAAGUUGCAUUCAAUCUUGAUACUGGAUUUUCUUAUAAUAUUAACCCUGAAAUGUUUGAAAUGGAUUUAGAAGAAUUGAAAGAUGAGAUACUUGACGACGUAGAACCAGGACUUAAUUUGUCUAUUAGAUCACAAAUUAUGUACAACGACCUUUAUUGCGGUGAUUUAUAUAAUUUUUUAUAUUACACUGAACUUAUUCAAUCUUUAAUUGAACAUAAUUCUACUUAUGAAAAAGAUGAAUUCAAUAAUUUAUUGUUGAAUGAAUCAAUAAUUCAACAAAUGAUAGCUGUAAAACUAAAAAUACAUCUAACAAAAUUUUUACAGCCUUAUUGGAUCAUGUACAUGUUUGCAAUUUAUUUAAAAAACCAGACAAUGGACAAUAAGUUAUCGGUGAAAUUAGAUGUUAUGGAAAUUCUAGAAAAAUUAAAGAAAUAUUUAUUGUUAUAUACUACUAAGUAUUGUCGAAAAAAUAAUAAAUAUAAUUUAUCAGCUAAAUUGUACAAAGAACGAUAUGUACGAAUUCAACUAGAAGAAAAAAUGAAAAUUUCAAUGAUACAAGACGUAAUGACGGUAAUGGUAAAUAGAAAUAAUAUUAAUAAUAUUUUACUGAACGGUGAGGAAGUAGAAGAUUGGGUUUCCCUUAGAAAAAUUUAUCUUUACGAAAUUAUUCAAAAUACAGAUAUUUUGAAAACUAUAAUAAAGGAUUUCGGAGAACAAAGCGAAAAAAGUUAUAAUAAUAUUAUCAAUGAUAUUUAUAGAGCAUAUGAAGCUGCCCGAAAUUAUUAUUGGUUUGAUGUAUGGAUUUCAAAAAUUAGAGUUUAUCAUGACAAAAUCUUUAAUAUUUUUAGAGUCGUAAUUCUUCAUUUAAUUAGAAAGCAUCUAAUGUAUUUGACAAAUAAAGAUGAAACAAUUGCAUUUGAUUAUAACAAUCAAAUGCAUGAGUUCUUGAAACGUAAUAUGUAUACAUUUAAUUUGUUGUUUCGUCAAUUUACAGAGUUCAAUUCAAGUUUGCUACAUAAACCAAGUAGUAGGUAUUCUAUAACCUAUGAUGAUGUAAAUUCUGGUCUUAUUGGAAAAGUUGAAAGAAUAAUAGAAAAAACACAUUUUGUUGAGUCAUUUGAAAUAUUACGACUAGAAGUGGAUAACAAACAAUAUAACAUGGAUUCAAUUAAGAAAACUAAGAAACUAAUGAAAUUAGUUCAAUUCAGCGAAAAAAAAGAAGAAGAAAUAAGAAAUUUUCAAAAUAUUUCUGAUAUCAAAGGCUUGAAUGAUAACUUCGAAAGGUUCAAUAUAUUUUUAGAGUAUUUUAUUAAUAUAUUUAAGCAUAAACUUAGUGUUUUUUGGUCGUUCAAACAAUUUAGCGAUGAAUACAAAAAAACUAAUUAUCGGGAGCCGCAAGAAACAGAAAAAGAAAGAUUGCUUUAUCUAUACUAUUUUUAUUAAAAUCAUCAAAAUGACUUAUAAUUGUUUUCAAUUAGAUCAUUCAAUUAAUAAAAAUCGAAUUAUAAUUUUGAGUUUUAAAUAAUAAAAAAAUAAAUAAUAUUUGAACGGUUA